GAUUUUAUCGUCGUGUAAUAAUUAUUGAUUCGAACGGCUCGAUCGAUCAACUAAAAACGCGGCGAGAACUUCGAUUCGAGGAUUCGAGCGACGUCAAGCGGCGUCCGGCGUCUACUAAUGGAAUCUCGUUUACGCACGUGUGCGACUGCUCGUUUCACCGAUGCGGUACGUGUAACGUGAUAGAAGGAAGAUGCAUUCGGACGCGAGGUUAUCGAAUCCGUUCGAGAUCAUAGUGGGAACGUACGAGCAAUAUUUACUCGGCUACAAAGUGCGCAACAUCGUGAAUGAGUACAAAUUGGAGCAGAGCUUUGCGACGCACAGUCAUCUCGCAAGCGUGCGCAGCGUCGCCAGUAGUAAACACUAUCUGGCUUCAGCCGGCGCCGAUGAAGCGGUGUGCCUGUACGACAUGCGCUGCCGACGGGAGUCCGGCAGGUUGAUGCUUCAUACGGAUACCAUCAACUGCAUCGCGUUUACUCCGGAAGGCUCGCAUCUGUUCGCGUGCAGCAGCGACGGAAGCAUAACCGCCACUCGCUGCGGCAGCUGGCUGCUGGAGAAGGUCUGGUCGACCGCGCACAAGGGCUCGGCUGUCAAUACCCUGGCCAUUCACCCGUCGGGCAAGCUGGCGCUGUCCACCGGCGAGGACGGCGUGCUCAGAACGUGGAAUCUGGUCAAGGGCAGACCGGCCUACGCCACCAACUUGGUGCCAAAGCUGAAGUCUUACGCCAAGUGGAUAACCGUUGUCAAGUGGAGUCCGAGCGGCGAGAGGUAUCUGUUGGCCGUCAACACGAAUGUCUACAUUUACUCGGUGGAAUCGGCCGGGAUAGACAAGGAGCUCGCGUUCGACUCGAAGGUCAUCUGCGUCGAGUUCUUGCAGGACGAUUUAAUCGCGAUCGGUUUCGAGGACGGUGAUAUAAAAUUUUGCGAUCUGAAGACCUCCCUGCCUACGAUAAACACCAAGGCGCACAGCAUGAGAGUGAAGUGUCUCGCGCACAUCAACGAUCUGCUGGUGAGCGCCUCCAGCUCCGGCGAGAUCAAACUUUGGAGAUACAACACACACAGUUUGGAUAUGUUGCACAGCGUUAAUUGUGGUGCCAGAAUUACUUGCCUUUCUCUGGCAGAGGGUUACAAAGAUUUGGUGCAGCAGAAAGAGAUUCAAUCGGAUGAAGAGCAGGAAGCGAAGAAAAAGAACAGGCUCAGACUGAAGCAGGAAGUUAUUAUUGAGAAUGAGGAGGAUUUGGAAGUCGCGGAUAUUAGAAAUCCUAAAGAAAAAGCGCAAGAAAAGAAGAAUAAAAAGAAGAGAGCUGUGGAGGACGCUGCAGACAAUGUUCAGCAUUCAAAGAAGAAAGCUCCAAAAGUAAAAGAGACUGUUGUCUCAUUGAAGAAGAGGGACAGGUCUUUAGAGACGGAAGAUGUCAUUGAUAAACCUAAGAAGAAGAAGAAACUCUUGAAAGCGAACGAGACAAAUCUUUCUAAUAAAAAACAAAGGGAAAACAGUGCCGCAUCAAAGGUCACUUCACCAGCGAAUCCUUCUAAUAAAAAACGAAGGGAAAAUAGUGCCGCAUCAAAGGUCACUUCACCAGCGAAGAAGAUUAAAAAGUCGAGUAAAAUUGAGGAACCGUCUCCCCUUCCCAAGAAGCACAAAGUAAAAUUACCGAUGACAGACGUCGAGGAUGCUCCACCUAGGAAGAUGAAGAAGAAGGCCGGUGCGGGAAAAGGGAUCGUGCCAAAGAAGAAAAGGAAGAAAACGACGGGAAAAAAUUAAAAUUCAAUUCAGCGAGAGGGAUCUCUCUUUUAUAAAAGUUAUUAUUUCAUCUGUGUGAUAUUUACAUGAUAAGCUUACCGAGUACGAAUAGGGCGCCUAAGUGCUUAAUAAAUUACUCGCUAAUUCCUAUAA